AUGCGUGGUAAUCAGCAAACGACCUCGUUAGAAAGUGGUCUGCCAACUGUUGGAUCGAUUGUUUGGGCUGCUGGUCGUACUCGAGCACAACAAGCUUUCAAUCUUUACGCUAAUCUUGACUAUCUCCGUCCAUAUUUCGAUGUAGAACCGAAAGAUGUUAUUCAACGGUUGAUUCGUUCAUUGGUACCUCGUGGUUCGUCACGCGAAGAAAAUAUCAAACCGGAAUUGUAUGGACCUUCGAUGAUUGCGUUUACUCUGGCAGCUAUCUUGAUCUAUCAGAUGAAACUAUCAAGUCAUUCCGUGCAAGACGGUACAUUAAUCGGAACAAGUUUUCUUGUUUGUUUUGGUUAUUGGAUUGGUUCGAGUUUUGCUAUAUCAUCAUUUUCCUAUGUCUGUAAUACACAACUUAGUCUCAUGCAAAUUCUUAGUAUUAAUGGUUAUGCGCUUUUCGGUCAUUGUUUGGUUUUAUUCUUAGCAACGUUUAUUCAUACCAGUCAUGAUCAUUUCUUGUUCUAUGGUCUUUGGCUUGUGGUAGGCGGUCUAGCUGCCAUUCGAAUGGCAAUGGUUAUCACAUCUCGAACGAUUAAUCCACAAUAUCGUGUUCUUCUUGGUCUUCUCAUCAUUUUCGUUCAUAUGGCCUUCUUACUUUAUCUACAUUUUGCUUACCAUCAAUUAGCUGAAAAUGUGGCUCAUGCUUUAAAUAAUGAACCAACUGCGGCAGUUAAAUUACCAGUCAAGCCGACUAUAUCCAUCGUUGCGGAAAUACCAUCUGUCAAAAAUUUGACUCGACAGAUACGCAGUAAUUUCAAGAAUUCCAGUAAAAUCAUAUCAACAACAACAUUAAACAUGACUGCUAAAGCUUAG